GUUUAGCAGCUGCCAUCAACCUGCAAUGGAACACGAUUCUCCAGUUGUGGACGGGAAUAAUGACCGUGUAAAACGCCUUCGCGUCGAUGAGGAGAGUGGUUCUUCAAGUGCGGUUACAUCUCCGGCUUCGGAAGUCACAAGCGCGUCCGAAAUCUCAAAGAGUGUUGUGGAUGAGAACGCGUUCUUGACGGAAAAAGAUGUGGGAAUUGAAGCAUACAUACAUCCAGAGACGCCAGCUAUCGAUGGAAUUAUCAAAGCUCGGUUCACGGACUUUUCUGUGUUUGAAAUUGCACCAGAUGGAACGGUUAUUCAUUUGACUGACAUGGCUCCUUGCGAUCCUGCGGUAGAAGAGGAUAAGAAAUCUAGCGUUCCAACGACGAAAACUCAGGAAACACACUCUGAGUCGUCACAAACAGAAAAAAAUGCCAAUGUGAAAGAUACCGUUCAAGACGUGCCCCUUUCGGCCUUCCCCGGUGUCGUUUUGGCCAUUCUUGGCGAAGAACCAACGGUCACAUUUCUUAAACAGCUGAAGUCGUUGUCCACUGGCGAGACAAAGGACGCGGUUGUUUUGCCGGUGCCAGAAGGAAAAGCUUUAGACAAGGAACAGCGUACGCUGAUUCAUCAAUUUAUUCGACAACAUUUUGGUACUCUUGAGUCCACUGUCGACAAAGAGGGAGUUUUUCGAGUGAAACCUGUCUUCAGAAAGCGUAAUAGCCGUCAGAAUCGAGACCCCCGAAUGAGCUGGAAGGCUCUUGGGGGCGAGUACUGUCAUUUCCACCUGUACAAAGAGAAUCGUGAUACCAUGGAUUGUCUCGGACGGAUUGCCCGGCUUUUGAAGAUUCCCACUCGACAACUGCUUAUUGCAGGCACAAAAGAUAGACGUGGUAUUACUUGUCAAAGGGUCGCAAUCCGACGCAUUCGUUCCACACGUCUUGUACAACUGAACCAGGGUGCUAUUGCUAAUCCUACGUACGGUUUUCGACUUGGAAACUUUAGCUACAAACAACGAGGUUUGGCUCUUGGUGAUUUGCAGGGAAAUGAGUUCCAUCUUAUUUUGCGGAAUGUUCAAACACCUGAAGAUCAAAUUAAUGAGUCGUUGACAAAGGUGAAAGCGGAUGGUUUUAUCAAUUACUUUGGCUUGCAACGUUUUGGAACAAGCUCUGUUGGAACUCAUGAGGUUGGUAUUGAGUUGUUGCGAUCGAAUUGGAAGGCCGCCAUUGAACUAAUUUUGUCACAACGACCUGAACACUCUGGCUCAGCGAAGGAAGCCAUGGAAAUUUGGCAUUCAAAACAUGACCCUGCCGCGGCACUCGCGAAACUUCCACGUCGGUUUGUUGCUGAAAGCAGUAUCCUGGAAACCUUCUCGCGUGAAGGCAAUACAACAAACUAUUUGGGAGCCUUUCAACGUAUUCCACGACACUUGCGAAGCAUUUACGCUCACGCAUACCAAUCAUAUGUUUGGAAUCGUGUAGUGUCUUGGAGAAUCCAACAGUACGGUUUACAAGUACGAGAGGGAGAUCUUGUUCUUGUCUCACAAAGUGAAGUGGGCUCUUCCUCGAAGCUUGUUGAUCCUGAAGCUAAGGAUUUGGUGGAAGACGUUAUUGUAUCGGAUAAACCGGUUGCCAAAAUUGUUACGAAAGAAGAUUUGGAAAAAUACACUAUCUACGAUGUGGUCUUGCCUUUGCCUGGUCGUUCCGUCAUCUAUCCGAAGAAUGAAACAUUUGACACUUACAAACGUAUUAUGGCAGAGCAUGAACUGGACCCUGAAAACAUGGCUCGAAAAGAUCGAGAGCUCUCGCUGCCCGGUGAUUAUCGUCGACUUGUGGUCAAAGCUAACAAGCUUGAAUGGUCAAUUUUGAAAUAUGAUGAUGCUGAGCAACAGCUUCUUCCUACAGACCGUGACAUUUUGGAGGGAAACACUAUCCCCGACUCAAAAACUAAGACGCUUACUGCUCUUGCCCUCAACUUCCAGCUGCCUUCGUCCAGUUAUGCAACAAUGGUGCUUCGUGAAGCUACCAAAAUGGCUACUUCGAGCGGUGAUCAAAGACAAAAAAUGAACAACUCGACACAAAAAUAACUGCUGCAUUAAAGCCGAUUAUACCGGUGCGGAAGAAUAUCGCCAAAAAAAAAGACAUUAUCUUUUAGACUUUGUUGUAUGCAUACAUGUACGAUAGACAAUAAAACAAAAGAAGGAUAUCGGUUUCGGGACAAUUUUUAACCUGUCGAAAACGGUUGCAGUAAAUGCUAGGAGAGGUGAUAGAUAACUCAGUACAGGAUAACUAAAAUGUUCA